ACUAAUGGAUGUUAACAUUGAGAAGGAGGGGCAGAGUUGCGGGACGUGCCCCGCUAAUUCGAUAAUAUGGAUUAGGUAUCUGGUACUGAUGUUUGAAAUGCUGCCGGGAAAGCGGGUGGAUCAUAACUGCCCAGCGUGGCAACGCGAGGCUUCCAAACUUAUGCCUGAGCCUUUAAUUAUAGUCUUACAUCUUACCUACCUCAUAUAAUAGGUACCUACCUACACUGAGUUGUCUCAUAACGUGAGACGGCGCCCGCCAUUCUACCCUUCCUUCUGGAUCUUCCACUUUACUUUGUAACAAUACUUUGUAAACGUCAUAAAAACUACCACGCAGCAAUACCACUCGGAGCCGGCACCUGGGUUUUCUUCCCUCUAUAUCCACCCGACUCAUACUAUCAAAUACGCCUCCGCUCUACAACCCCCACGAUGUUGAAGAUAUGGUCUAUGAAAUCUGCCCAGCAAAAGGCAGAAAAUGCUGAUGGCGCAGCUGGGAAAAAGAAGAAGGUCACGCCCGCUCAACUACGGGUACAAAAAGAUCUCUCCGAACUAUCUUUAGGAUCGACUAUGAAAACGGUGUUCCCCGACCCGGAUGAUAUCCUCAACUUCGUGCUCGAAAUCACGCCGGACGAGGGCAUCUACCAUGGCGGAUUGUUUACCUUCACCUUCACUAUGGGUCCGAACUACCCGCAUGAGCCACCCAAGGUGCGCUGCCAGCAGAAGAUCUACCAUCCCAACAUCGAUCUCGAGGGCAAGGUGUGCCUAAACAUUCUGCGCGAGGACUGGAAACCGGUACUCAACCUGAAUGCUGUCAUUGUCGGUCUACAGUUCCUGUUUCUCGAACCGAACGCCUCGGAUCCUCUAAAUAAAGAGGCUGCAGACGACCUACGUUCGAGCCGCGAAAGCUUCCGAAGAAACGUGCGUGUCUCGAUGGGCGGUGGAUCGAUACGUGGAGUUACAUACGACCGUGUGCUUUCUAAUAGGUAGGGAGUGGGUAGGACGUAAAGGACUCAACGACGGGGCAUUUUGCGAACAAAAAGGCGUUUCAUCCCAGCCAGACUACACGAUAUACUCGAGCUGGCACAACAAGAAACCCUAUGCAAGUCGGAUGAUGCUCAAAUGUAAGGGGGCAAGAUGAGACCAAAGGAAGAGGUUUUAGACUGGCUUUGCGGACGGCACAUAGCAAGGCGUUUACGAGGGGGCCGCAUUUACUCCAAGGUAUUAAAGAGACGGUCAAAUUCGUCUCUGUUUUUGGUAUUUUGCAGCUGUAAAUAUCACUUUAUAGCUACCUAGGCAUUAUGCUUAAUGCUUUCCAUGGACGACCAAUGACCAACGACCAACGACCAACGACUACACCAUGAUAGAUAGAUACUGGUAUUAUGAAUAUGACGAAAUUAUCAUCACAAUAUUCACGUGGGUAUUCUUAUUCUUAUACAUUCCUCCCAGAUGCUUUAGGACUUGGGUGGUGUGAGUAGGUACCUAACAUAGAGAGGCAUCUGAUGCAAUUUAUGAUUAUUGCGACUCCAUCGUCACCGCCUAUUGAAGGCGUGGGAUACUGGUUAUUUUAGGAAGCCAGAUGUACCUGUACGAUGAAACCACUGCACUCCAAGGCCCGCUUCUAGCAGACCGGACCGGUGUUACCCCACCAUUGGUCCAGGGCAACGGAUUGAUUCGACUCAGCGCCGAAGUCGCAGUUUAAGCUCUUUGCAGCCGGA